AUGGAGGAGAAGCCUUCCGUCGCGGAUGAGGCCAGACGGCCGAGUCAUGCCUCCUCUCGGGUCGAAGGUGUCGGCGCUGAGAAGGUCCGUAUGGAGCAUUCUCAUAUGGUCUUGCCCGAAAUUCUUAUAGGACUUUCGGAUGAGGAGCUUCAGCAGAUUGGGCGAAAGGCAACUUUCAAAUUGGACUGUUUCAUUCUUCCGUCAAUUACCAUCAUGUACAUCAUGAAUUACCUCGAUCGCCAGAAUAUUGCGAGUGCGAAGUUGGCAGACAUCAGCGUGGACCUCAAUCUGUCGGCUGUCCAAUAUCAGACGUCUGUCAGCAUUCUCUUCGCAGGAUAUAUUUUGAUGCAAGUUCCAUCAAAUAUCAUUCUAGGAAAGAUACGCUACCCAGCAAUCUACAUUUGUUCGGCUAUGGCGCUUUGGGGUCUGAUUUCUGGUCUCAUGGCUGUCAUCCAUAAUUUCGGCGGCCUCCUUGCUUGUCGAUUCUUUCUCGGCUUCGUCGAAGCUGUCUUCUUCCCUGGAGCCUUGUACUAUCUAUCAAUGUUCUAUUCUCGCAAGCAGUUCGCCUUUAGGACAGCUAUCCUGUACUCGGGCUCGCAACUUGGUAACGCUUUUGGUGGCCUGUUCGCCAUUGGAAUUCUGAAACUGGACAACGAAAGGGGUCUUGAAGGCUGGCGAUGGCUUUUUUUGAUUGAGGGAGUUCUCACCAUUUUCCUGGCCUUGGUCUUCGCAUUCAUCUUGCCCAAUUCCAUCAAGACACUCAAGGGCUUCUCCAAUAAAGAGAGGGAGUGGGUCAUCUGGAAUUUCGAGUCUGAUCUAGGUCAGCAAGAUAAUUCCAAGGAGGUCAGUGGCCAACAGGGUCUCAAAUUGGCUGCGAUGGACCCAAAGAUGUGGCUUUUCAUGACGCUCCUGACAUCGAUUUACAUUUCCGCUGCCGUUACCAAUUUCUUCCCAUCCGUGGUCGGUGGCCUUGGGUAUUCGAGAAAUAAGACCUACGGCCUCACUGCGCCUCCUUUCAUGCUCUGCGUCAUCUGCAUGUUGAUUAAUGGCUUCCACUCGGAUCGAACGCAAGAACGCUACCUCCACAUCGUCUGCCCCCUCGCCAUCACCGUGGUGGCCAAUAUCAUCGCCGUAUCCACACUCAAUGUCGCUGGACGGUACGUUGCAAUGAUGCUGAUGCCCGCCUCGUUCUACUCGGCUUCGAUUGUGGUUCUUUCGUGGAUUGCGGGCAGUCUCAAUCAACCUGCUGUCAAACGAGCGGCUGCAAUCGCUGCAAUCAACGCAGUAUCGAAUACCCCCAACAUCUGGACGUCCUACCUAUACCGCUCUGCCCCUCGAUACAUCGUAGCCUUUGCAGUCAAUCUGGCCGCUGCGGUACUGGCCAUUCUCGUUGCAACAGUUAUCCGUGUUUAUCUGCGUCGCGAGAAUGCAAAGAUGGACCGUGGUGAGGAUGUGGGUAAGAGCGGUCCCACCGAAGCACAGAAAAUGGCUGGGUUUAGAUAUACACUGUAG